AGCCAAGCUCUACCUGGACCCUCCCAGAGGUCCCACCCACUAGCCACGCCCACAAGGCAACCACCCUGACCACGCCCCCGUUGCCCAGGUCUGGCUUCGGCUAGCUGGGCCAGUGGAGUCAAGAAAGGACGCGCCACGCCAGCUGUCCGCCGACCCCCAGUCCCGGCCCCCGCGCCCAUGGCCGCACCCGGACCCCGCGCCUUGCGUGCUGCUCUCUGCGGCAGUUGUUGUUGCCUCCUCCUGUGUGCCCAGCUGGUUCUAGCUGGUAAAGGAGCUCGUGGCUUUGGGCGGAGAGCCCUGCUUCACCUGAACGUCUGGCCUGCUGCCCAGGGGGGCUGCAAGCACCUGGGACACUGUGAACGCUGUGUGGACAGAGCCCACAACUUCUCUAUUUGUGUCUGGCAGCAGUGUGGGCCGGAGGAGCCAGGACACUGUGUGGCUCGAGAUGAGGUGGUCAAAGAGGGCUGCUCUAUCUAUAACCUCUCAGAGUCAUGCCCAGCUUCCCACCAUCAUUCCACUGAGGAACCGGAGUCAAGUUCCACAGAGAGUCCCCUCAUCCCUGAAGACCACAGCCCAGGUUUUAAUGGCGCUAGCUUCAUUGGGGGCAUCGUGCUGGUUCUGAGCCUGCAAGCAACAGCUUUCUUUGUGCUGCGCUUCCUCAAGGCCAAGAACAGCACUUACCAGACACUAAUCUAACCCCAGUGGUCCUGGCUCCACCGUGAAGGAACACAGGAGUCAGAGAUUGCCCUCUUGGUUGCCUUAUGAGCACUGGGGGUGGGACAAACUUUCUGGUCCCUGUAGGCAGGCUUAGCGCUGAUGGCUGACAUUCCCUGUCCUGAGCCUGGCACCUGCAGCUGAGAGGAUGCUCCCCACCUCAUGUCCCAGCCAGCCUGCCGGUGCCUCUUCCCACAAACCCACUUCAAAUAAAGGACCUGUUUCCACCCCAUGA